GGCCCGGGCCAUCCGCAUAUUGAACAAAAUGAUCAUAUUGCGGGGAUUCCCAGAAGCAAAAAAUUUACGGCAUGAAGCAAAUAUUAAACAGAUCUCUCUCUCUCUCUCCUCGAAAAUUUGAAAUUAGGGUCUGCACCUCUCUAACCUCUGAUACUACAUUCCAUGGCUUUUGCAUCAAUGAAACCCUCUGCGUCUCUAAACCCGACUCCCCAGCCUCAGCCUCUAGGUACCUUCAAUGGAGAAGAGAAGACCGCGACUCUUCUUGUUCGCCAUUUGCCGGAGGCCAUCCCUCAUGAAACCCUAUCUCGGCUUUUUUCUCAUUAUGGCGCGUCUUCUGUGCGCCCCUGCGCUGGAGGGAGGUUGAGGAAUGCUGCCUUCGUGGAUUUUAAGGAUGAUGUUUUGGCUUCUCAAGCACAGUCGCAACUCAACAGGUUGAGAUUUCUUGGGAAGGUUUUAUCUGUCGAGAGAGCAAGCACAUUGGCAAUAAAUAAGAAGCACAGAACUGAGGAAGUGUGUAAGCAGAAUGCAUCCUGUACACCUGAUUCAUUCAUAAAAGAGACUCAAUUAAGGGGCAGCCAGGCCAAGGGAGAAUCCAUUGCCAUUUCAGUAUCCAUUAGUGAGCCAAUUGCUCCAAGACUUGGUGUGGACUAUCCAUUUCCACCUCACCUUGAGUAUGCAUAUCCACCACCAGAUGGGAAUAUAUUGACAAACAUUGUGAAUGCUCUCAUUGCUGUUCCUCGUUUUUAUACUCAGGUCUUGCAUUUGAUGAACAAAAUGAAUCUUCCAGCUCCAUUUAGACCUGCAUUACGAACUCCUCCUUUGCCAUCUUCAAUCCCUGUUCCGCCACCACCACCCCCAUCUCCACCACCAGAUCCUGUUGGAGUCGAGAAGCCACACAGGGCAGAUAUUUCUAGUGAUGAAUCAGAGUUAGAGUCUUCAGAUGAAGGUGAUACGGAUGAGAAGAAUCAAACUGUUGGUUCUGCAAGGAAACGUGUGAAACGAGUGGCUAUUGUAGGUCCAGCAGUUGAUAAAGAUGUAUCCCAUGAAGCUGUAGGCGUAAAACCAAUUUCUGUGGUUCCAAAGGGAAUAACUGCCAUAAAAAAGAAGAAUUCUGUUUUGCAGAUCAAAAUUACUCCUAAAGUUGUACAAAAAGAAAAAAAUGAGGAUAUUGAUGGGGUGGAAGAAGCAACAGAGCAAGCUGAUGUGGCGUUAGAAGUUAAACCUUAUGCAACUCCCCAAGAAAUAAAGGCUGCGAAGUUGCCUCCUGAGGAAAUAUUAUCACUUCCAAUGUUUAAGAAUUAUGUAGCGGGAAACCCAAGUCCUGUGCUUUACAUCAAGAAUUUGGCAAAAGAUGUUGUUCGUGAUGACAUCUAUUUCAUUUUUGGAUCUCUUUUUGGGAGUGCUGAGGCUAUUAAAUCUGGUAUCGAUAUUAAGUUAAUGCAGGAGGGAAGAAUGAGGGGUCAAGCUUUUGUGACAUUUCCAUCAACAGAGCUUGCACAUCAUGGUCUGAAACUAGUAAAUGGGUAUGUUUUCAAAGGGAAACCGAUGAUAAUCCAGUUUGGUCGGAAUCCAGCAACUGGCAAAAGCAGCUGAUGCAACUAUCUUCAGAGCAAUGGAUGACAGGAUUCCACAAAAUUCAACCACAGGUAUCACCACACGUUAAAAGAAGAAGAAGGGAUUCCCCAAAAUUCAAGAGCUUUAUAUGCGCAUGAUUUUUAAGGUUUAGUGCAAUGCAUUUUUGGUAGCCACAGAAGCAAAGCCUGGCUCAUCAUUUUGAAUGUACAUAUGUUGAGUUUAAUGAUUUUCUUAAGCUUUUUCCUGGUUUUAAUGUGUAAUAUUUCUGGCUGAUGAAGCGUUCCCACUGUUAUUGAAUUGUGGAAUCUCUCUCUCUCUCUCA